AUGGAGGACUGGGGCCACCUGCCAUGCGACCUUCUACACCGUGUCACCGAAACCCUGCUGGGGCUAGGGGGACAGGACAGAGUACAACUCAUAAAAACUAUUCGCCUUGUGAACAAGCACUGGGCGCUCUGGGGAUCCAAGACUGUUGAGCAAAUCGCACCUAAAGGCAUGCCCCUUGCCACGGUCCUGAAAUCCAUGAGUGAAAGAUUUUUGUGCGUGAAGGAUUUUACCCUUUCUGGCUGUUCUGGUAUUGACGAUGAAAAUUUGGUGGCACUUGGCGCCAAGGCUUCGGUGUCCAAAGUUGAUCUGGAGGGGUGCUCUGGCUUCACGGAGGCGGGCUUGAUGGCAGUGAUGGGAUCGGCCUGCUUGGUGGAGCUCAGGCUAAGGGGCGUCCGCCAAACCACUGAUGCCUGCCUGCAGCGCCUGCUGUCUUCCACCGCACUGAAGCGGCUGGAUCUGAGGUACUGCGACAAGACGAAGAGCGAAGGGCUGAGCGCCUUGGCGGAAUUGACCAAUUUGCAGCACCUCCACCUCACGGCGUGCCAGAAUGUCACGGAUGCCGUGGUCUCGAGGAUGACGUCCCUGACACGGUUGUGUCACGUGGACCUGAAAUACUGCGACAAGGUCACCGACGAGGGCGUGCGCACCCUGGCGCAACUGACCACCUUGGAGUACCUCGACUUGACGAGGUGCAGCAACGUUACCGACGGCGGUCUGAGGCACUUGGGCGCCCUGACACAGCUCAGGUAUCUGUUCCUGAAGCAGUGCCGGAAGACGAGCGACGCGACCCUGCAGCACUUGGCUGGCUUGGUGUCCUUGGAAUUCCUGGACCUGCAGUAUUGCGACCGUGUCACGGACGCCGGUCUCUCCUGGCUUCAGGCCCUCACGGCGCUACGCCACCUCAACAUCAGCCUCUGCGACAGGGUCACGGACAGCGGCAUGUCGGUGUUUUCCGCCCUGACGUCUUUGCAGGACUUGAAUCUGACUUACUGCCGGUACAUAACCGAUGGUGGUGUUCGCCGACUGAGCGCCGCUAAGUCCCUGACGCAGCUGCAUCUCGUCAACUGCUUCGUGGUGACGGACGUGGGCGUGGCCAAUCUCGUGCACCUGCCAGCGCUUACGAGCCUUGAUCUGCGGGAUUGUGCUCUCAUCGGUGGCAACAACAUGACCUUUGCCCGCUUCUUGCCGGCCCUCACGUGCCUGAACCUGGGGGGCUGUGAAUCCGUCAGCAACAGUGCCCUACAAAACAUGGCGGGUUGGGUGGCCCUGAAGCAUCUGGACCUCAGCUUCUGUCGCAGGAUUUCGGACCAGGGCCUAUUUUAUCUGUCCCGACUCAGGCGGCUUGAGCAUCUCAACCUGAGCAACUGUCCCCGCGUGAGGGACUACGGCCUGCUGCACAUAUCUUCUCUCCAUUCCCUUCGCCUUCUCGAUGUGAGCCACUGCCGCGGGGUCACUGCGUUUGGCCUCAAAGCCCUAGGGUCCCUGCCACAACUCCGCAUAAUUAGGUGA